AUGAGGAGAAGAUCCGCUUUUGGUAUUACAGACGAGCCUGAGAAGGAGGCCUCGUCUCAUCAACCCAGGCAGACAUCAUCAUCUCAACAACCUCCUCGUCCAGUCGAGGGGAAGGAGUCAACCCCAUCCUUGAUUCCUAAAAAGCACAAGGAUUCGGGGCCUCACAAUAAGUUCUUAUCUUCCAUUUUGAACAAACGCCCGCCGGCUUCUCAGGGAGUCCCUUUUCAGUCUUUUCAGGCCGUGGCUGCAUUUGGCAAACUUGCCAGAAACUUGGAUAGUUUAGUGACGACGAAUGAGCAGGCCGUGGCGGAGAAAACGGACGAGCUUAAACAUGCAAAGGCGGAGAUCGUCCAGCUGCAAGAGGAGAGGUCGCACUGGAAGAAGCAAGCUCAAUCCAUGAAAAAGAAACUGGAUGACCAAUCAAAAAUAAAGGCCCACAAGGAAGCGAUGGCCAAAGUUGAGGAGGCAAUGAUGCCCAAGUUGAGGGAGUCGAUGGUCUUGAAGUCGGACCUCUACAAAUACAUACUGGCUGCCUUAAGGGUUUACCUUAACUCUUUGGCAUUUGCUAGGGGGGUCAACCAGAUCAUGACUCCAGUGAUCGAGAUGGGAAUGAGACAGCAUGGAAAGUUGGUCGGGGAUGCCCUACACGCAGGGGGAAGUGUUCACGCCCUGGUGGGCAAGUAUACGGACGAGGCCAUAGAUGGAGCGACCUCACAAAUCUGCCUGUGUCAUAAAGGCAGAAAAUUCUUUAGGGACGCGGAUAUGAGCGGAAUGAAAUUCUUCGAGGAGAUAUGUAAGGUUUGUCCGACCAUUACUUCUCCCGAAGAUCUCCUACAGAUAGCUAAACUGCCUUCGUUCCUUUACAAGUUUCCGGACGAUGUUGGAUCUACCGUCUCAACUCCCCUUGGUCCAGAUGAGGAGGCGGAGUUAAUGGCUCGACAGAGAAGGGAGUCCUUGGAGAGUGGCCAGCUGUCGGGAGACGCGAGUAGGUCGACCACGUCGGGGACCAACAACUUGGAGUUCAGCAACUCGAUUUUCGGCACUGAAGACUUUGCCAAGGAUGAGGAAGCCUUAGCAAGUAUAGUCGAUGCCGGAGUAAGCCCCGAGAGGGCAUUAAUUGAACCUUCCCUUAGGGGGGAGACUCGCUUGUCGAAUCUGGAAGGUCGUAUUCGGAGUGCCAUCAAGGUCAUCCAAGACUUGGAGUCAGAAGCGCUUAGGGCGAAUGUUGUUGACCUCAAGAAAGCCCCAGACUCGCCUGUUUGA